AUGAUGGAAUUAGAUGUGUUAAGCGCCGAUAUAUCAAAAGCAUAUGAUGAUUUACGAACCAUUGAGGAAUCGAUCAUUUCAUUAUCGGGAAAAGAAAGAUUUGGUACGGGUAGGAGACGUGUUCAGGAUUCUGCUAAUCGCCCUGGUAAUUAUGGAUUUGAAAGACGUGAUAUACGCACAGUAAGCUUGGAUUCUUCUGGACCAAAUAAACGCCGUUUAGUUAUAUCUGCUGAGAAUGAUUUAUACGAGGGUUCGGACAAGCAGGCGCGAUACGAUGAUAGAGAAGAUGAAGCUAUGCGACGUACUGUACAGUCAUCAGUUGUUAUGCCUGCUAUUGAAACAAAAUCGCGCAAAGCUGCCAUAUCUGAGCUGAAAGGAGCAGAAAAAAAGGAAGUUAAUGUCAGGAAUCGUCGAAUGUUUUCAAAUUUAUUGCUUGGAACACUGCAGCGUUUCCAGAUGGAAGAAAAGAAAAUAUCAUCAGUAGAAAAAGUUCAGGCUGAAAAACAAAAAGAGGUUGAAAGGCGCUUGCGAGAAUCGGAAGAAGAAGAACGCGAACGAUUAGCCCGGGAAAAAGCUGCCUUGCUUGGAAAACGACGUGAAAAAGAACGUCUGAUCAAAUCGUUACAGCGAAGAAAAGCGAUUAUACAAUAUGCAGAGCAAAAGCAGGAGCAUUAUCGCAAAUUGCAAAAUUUUAUUCAAACGCAGGCAAAGCCACCGGUAUUCUAUUUACCAGCAAAGCAUACAUUACGAACUCUUGAACUAUUGAAAGUGUCUUCAAAGAAAAUCGAUGAACUUAUUGAGCAUCGGCGGCAACAAAUGGAGGCUGAUCUAAAAACACCGGAAGAUAAGCAAAUGGACGAAGGCGAUUCUGAUGGCGAACAUUCUGAAGCUUCAGCAGCUGUGCGCUCUACUACGAAAAUGAACGCAACAGAUGCAAAUAAGCCGUCAAGCAAUGAAAUUGGCGGCAAAAAGUUGGGUGGUGAUGAAGUUAAGGAAAGAGAAGUGGUGGGAGGAGUAUCUAUGGAAUCUUCAUUGCGGGACUUCGGCGAGGAAGAAUGUAUGAAUGGCGAUGAAAGAAAAGGGCCGAAGCAGCUGGAUGAGGACGAACAAGAAACAGGUAAGGAUAAUAGUCGUAGUGACAGUGAGCCACCAGGUGACGAGGCUGAAAUUGAUCAGGAUGGUGACUCUCAUGUUGCAUUCGCUGACGACGAUGAUUAA